AUGAGUUCGACAGGGAACUUUGGGCCAUGGCUCUCAUAUUUUUAUGCCUCUCUUAGAAGGGAAGCUAGAGCAAGAAAAUUCCAAUAUGUUUUUAAUAUACCACAUAUGAGAGCUUUGAAGAUUCAAGAUUCUAACUUAAAAUUGAAACUGACAGAGAAAAAUUUGCCAAUUCCUGUUCGUUUAGAAACAAAUAUAUUCGAUACCGAUUUAUCACAUGUACAAAACCUUAUACUUGCAGAUGUUAGAAAUCAAAAUGAAGUAACAUUUGGAUUCCAUAUAAAAGAUAUGCAAGGUACUGUGCCGGAUAGAGGCAUACUCACUACACUCCUUACGAAUCCUGUUCUACCUACUUAUUUAGGUUCUGGAUAUGCAAAAGAAAAAUUAGAAAGAACUCCCUUUGAAUAUAAAUAUACAAUUAAAUUAGAGACAGAUAUAGAAGAUAGAACGUUACAACCAUUCAAUAGAAUUUUAUGGCCAGAUCCAAUUUUUUCAAAUUUUUGUAGAGGGAUUGGUGUCUCGCCUAAACUAUAUAAAGAAUUAUUAGCGAAGGACAUUCAUUUCAAAAGUCCGUGUAAUAAUAACUUACUUCCAAUAUACAAAGUUAGUUCUAUUCCUGAAGGCUAUAAUAGCAUAGGACUAUUCCCUAAAUUUAAUAAAGAUCAAUUGGAAGUUUUUAACGAUAUAGACGGGUUGUCAGCUUUAGUUACAGCAAAACCUUGUGUUGAUUAUCAAUAUGCCAAAGUUAGAGAUAUUAUUACAUCUACUCUAUCUAAGGAUAGUCUUGAAACGAAUAACGUUGAUGAUAAGGCAGUUCAAUUAAUCCCUAUGUUAUCGAAGACACAUCCUUCAAGAGAUACACUUUCUAAAUUGCUUAAAAUUGCAAAAUAUGAUACUAAGUUAUGGUCUACUAGUGGUAUGACAAAUAAAACAUGCCCUGGUGAUAUUCUUCGUUCAGCUUUAGUUGCAAGGAAUUGUAAUAGAGGCGCAUUACGGAGAGAGUUUAUGAAACAUUAUGUUUCUUUUAAUAUAGUAUCAUUGAUCAAGAGAUUAAAUGAUCAUGAAGUAAGUAAAGAUUUUAUUUCUCCUGAAUCAAAAAUUAAUUGGAAAUCUAGUGAUUAUUAUAUAUGGCAUCAAUAUGAUAAAUUACAGAAAGGAUUUAAAAUUCCAAAUAAUUUUCAAGAUCUCCAACUCAUACGCCAUGACUUUAGUGAUUUCCUCCGGAGAUUAUUUGAAUAUCAUUGUUUAAUUACUGCUGAAAUGAAGGUUCAAGGUUCUGCGUUUUUCGAAAAUAUUGAUGAGGUUCCAGGUACAUCUAGAUGUUACGCUGUUUCAACAUUAAUGAAUUCAAUUUUAUGCAAUAACAAAACUCUUCGAACUUUAUACCCCAGUUUAGCUCUAUACAUCGAUUCUACACUUACAAUCCAAGAUCAAUCCAAGAGACUGUUAUUGCCCAAAUUGGCGGAGACUUCGUCUUCCGAACUUGGAGAACGUAUUAGUAACAUUAUCAGAGAAAUGAUAUCGUUUGAAAAUAAUGUUUUCCAUGACAAAUUUACCUCCCAUUCAAGAAUGCGUUCAGAAAUCAAUUCUCCAAUGAAGGAUUGGAAAAUUAUUAUAUUACAUAAGAAACCGUUUAGUGUAGAACAGAUCCAAACAAUGAGAUAUCAAUCGAGGAUAUUCACGCAAUUUACUAAUACUCUUGAAAGCAUUGAAAAGAUAAGUUACUCAAUUUGUGUGGAGAAAAAAAUGAUUGAUGAAGAUACCAUUAUUUAUUUAUACAAAAUGAAUAGGGAAAAGAAAUCUUCCUUGUAUAAUAUGAUGGCUGAAAUCAUGCAAAACCCUGACGCCAAAAAUGUACAAGAAAUGUAA